AUGGCUGCCAAUAUGCAACAGCACGUUCAGCACUUAGCAAAGCUUUGUAGAGUUUGUGGUGAAUACCUUGGCAAAAGGAAAUGCAAUUAUAACGUGAGUGAUAGGAUUAACGACCUCAACCGAUUCCUAUUCCUUAAUGUGGAGAAAGAUUCCGCCGAAGUUCACCCAACAAAAAUUUGCUCAAAAUGUUAUGCACGUAUAAAAAACAUUCGAGAUCGCUCUACAACAACAAAGCACGAGCAUAUAUCCUGGAUACCCCAUUCCGAUAACUGUCGAGUGUGCAAGGAGGGGAGCUCUAGAAGGUGGGGUAAACCCAUACCCAAAGCAAAAUCAGGCAGACCAAAAGCUGGUAAAAAACUGUGGAGGAGAAAAGACUUUGAAGAAUUUUUAAGCAUGACCCCUGAAAACGAACCUGCUUACGACCUCGGUGCAGUUAAGCCGGAACACAAUGCACACUUAAAUUUGUGUUUGUGCCCCAUGUGUCACAACCUACUUUCUCGGCCUGUUUUACUGUCCUGUCAGCAUGCAUACUGCCUUUCAUGCCUUGUCAAACAUUGUGAAGGGAAAACCGAAGAGGAAGCAAAAUGCCCCACUUGCGGCAGUGAAUCAUUGGUGGGAACAAUUCGUUUUUCGAAACAUCACGUGGAAAUGCUUAAAUGCCUCCGAGUUGCAUGUGAUAAGCAUUGUGGUAAACUGUUUCCACUUAAAUCAAAAGCGGCAUUGUUAGAACAUCAAAUAUCUUGUUUCCCGAAAACAACCCUAACACCCCUUUUUGAAAAGACUUUUAAUUUGGAUAAUUCAAUACCAAGGGAGAUUGAAUGCCGACAUAACCGGCCGAGGUUUGAUUUGAAGCUAUUUAAUCCAGGAAUUGAAAUUUUCGCGAAAUUUGAUUGCACAUUUUUCGACCUGAGAAUCUAUCUUUCUUAA